CCUCCGCAGCUCUCCUUGUGCUCGGCGGCGUGAAGUCCCGUUAACCGGCGGCACGGCUUCAUGGCUCAAGAUAAGGAACCAUCUCUGAUGGAGGGGAAUGAUCCAGUAACAGGUCAUAUCAUCUCGACAACAAUAGGUGGUAAAAAUGGUGAACCAAAGCAGACAAUUAGCUACAUGGCGGAGCGUGUUGUGGGAACUGGAUCUUUUGGGAUUGUCUUCCAGGCCAAAUGUUUGGAGACGGGAGAGGCUGUUGCUAUAAAAAAAGUUUUGCAGGAUAAAAGAUACAAAAACCGUGAGUUACAGUUGAUGAGAUCGAUGGAUCACCCCAAUGUGAUUUCCUUGAAGCAUUGUUUUUUCUCUACCACUAGUAGAGAUGAGCUCUUUCUAAAUCUUGUGAUGGAAUAUGUACCCGAAACUCUGUACAGUGUUUUAAAGCACUAUAGCAAUGCAAACCAUAGGAUCCCCGUCCCGCUCAUCUAUGUCAAGCUUUAUGCCUAUCAGUUAUUUAGAGGGCUCGCGUACAUUCAUAACGCCUCUGGAGUUUGCCAUAGGGACAUCAAACCACAAAAUGUUCUAGUUGAUCCUCUUACUCACCAAGUCAAGAUAUGUGAUUUCGGAAGUGCUAAAAUGCUGAUUAAAGGUGAAGCAAACAUUUCAUACAUUUGUUCUCGUUACUAUCGUGCUCCAGAGCUCAUAUUUGGUGCAACAGAAUAUACUACUACAAUUGAUGUAUGGUCCGCAGGCUGUGUUCUUGCGGAAUUAUUACUUGGCCAGCCGCUCUUUCCAGGCGAGAGUGCCGUCGAUCAGCUUGUUGAGAUAAUUAAGGUUCUGGGUACCCCUACAAGGGAGGAAAUUCGAUGCAUGAAUCCAAACUAUACCGAUUUCAGGUUUCCGCAGAUCAAAGCUCACCCCUGGCACAAGGUUUUUCACAAGAGAAUGCCCCCAGAAGCAAUGGAUCUUACUUCUCGACUUCUGCAAUAUUCGCCAAUUCUACGCUACACUGCUUUGGAAGCUUGCGCUCAUCCCUUCUUCGAUGAGUUAAGAGAACCCAAUGCCCGACUGCCAAAUGGUCGCCCUUUCCCUCCCCUCUUUAACUUCAAGGAAGAGUUGGCUGGGUCCUCACCUGAGCUGAUUAACAAGCUGAUCCCAGAACACGGAAGGCGGCAGUCCGGUUUCCUUCCUAAUCUGCACCUAGCUGGAACAUAGCCGUUUCAGGUGCGCAGAUUCAAAAUUAAAUUUAUAUGAAGGGAUUCUCCCUUCUUAAUUUCACACUUUUUGAUGCAAAUUACCAUACUUGAUGGCCAGCAUCAUGGAGCACUAAUCAAUUCCAUAUGUUUCAAGUUUAGCUGCUGUAUAUUAUAUUUUCUAGACAGUCUGUUAUUAACUGAGAAAGAACUUUCAGAAACAGAGCUUAUAUGUUUGUGAGGCAGAAAUAUGUUCAUUUGUACCUACAAUUUGCUUGAUUUAUCUAAAAUCCUUUUAUGCUA